CAGGCCCCGCCCCGGAAGCUCGCGCAUGCGCGGUGGGCGUGGCGGCGGGAGCGGCGGCGGGGCUGAGCGGAGGGACUGAGAACAGGCCCCAGAUGAGAAGUACUUCUCUGUGUUCUCUGUGACCUCUUUAUCUGCAAACUGGGAGCUAAUACACUACAGGAUGUUCCGGCUGCGCUUCCUGCCCGUGGCCGCGGGGCUGGCGGCGAUGUCCCGGCAUUACCAUGGGACAGCCCAGCACCCUGGCAUCCGGCGUAGGCUCGUGGUGGCGGCUUUCCUGGGGACCACUGCAGCCACAGCGAGUGCCAGAUUCCUUUGGCAGAGGGCCUAUGCAGAAGACUCUGUCAGACAUGGCCCGAGGGCAGAGCCGGGGGAGAAGCACGAGGAGGAGGAGAGCAGCAGCAGCGAGGACAGGAGGGCAGUGGCCUCGGGUGAUGAGGAGGCGCCACCGGAAGGGAAGAAGAAGAAGCGCUCUGGGUUCAGGGACCGCAAGGUGAUGGAAUACGAGAACAGGAUCAGAGCCUACUCCACACCAGACAAAAUCUUCAGAUACUUUGCCACGCUGAAGGUCAUCAACGAGCAUGGCGAGUCUGAGGUGUUCAUGACCCCGCAGGAUUUCGUCAGAUCCAUCACCCCCAACGAGAAGCAGCCAGAGAACCUGGGCCUGGACCAAUUCAUAGUGAAACGCUAUGAUGGGAAGGAUUUCUGGCAGACAGAGAAGUUAUCUCAGGAGAGGGAGAAGUUUGCUGACGAGGACAGCAUUUUCUACGCGCUUGGAGAAUGUGGACUCAUUUCUUUUUCCGACUACAUCUUCCUCACCACAGUCCUUUCCACUCCCCAGAGGAAUUUUGAAAUCGCCUUUAAGAUGUUUGAUCUGAACGGUGACGGCGAGGUGGACAUGGAAGAGUUUGAGCAGGUGCAGAGCAUCAUCCGUUCCCAAACCAGCAUGGGCAUGCGCCACCGGGACCGCUCCACCACCGGCAACACCCUCAAAACCGGCUUCAACUCGGCGCUCACCACCUACUUCUUCGGGGCUGACCUGAAGGGAAAGCUCACCAUCUCCCACUUCCUGGACUUCCAGCGCAAGCUGCAGCACGACAUCCUGAAGCUUGAGUUCGAGCGGCAUGACCCGGUGGAUGGGCGGAUCACGGAGCGGCAGUUCGGGAGCAUGCUGCUGGCAUACAGCGGGGUGCAGUCCAAGAAGCUCACUGUCAUGCUCAAACAGCUCAAGAAGCACUUCCAGGAUGGAGAGGGGCUGACUUUUGAGGAGGUGGAGAACUUCUUCACUUUUCUGAAGAACAUAAAUGACGUGGACACGGCUUUGAGCUUCUACCACAUGGCUGGAGCUUCUCUUGAUAAAGUGACCAUGCAGCAGGUGGCCAGGACAGUGGCCAAGGUGGAGCUGUCAGACCACGUGUGCGACGUGGUGUUCGCGCUCUUCGACUGUGACGGGAAUGGAGAGCUGAGCAACAAGGAGUUUGUUGCCAUCAUGAAGCAGCGCCUGAUGCGAGGCUUGGAGAAGCCCAAGGACAUGGGUUUCACACGGCUCAUGAGGGCCAUGUGGAAGUGUGCCCAGGAGACAGCAUGGGACUUCACAGCUCCCAAGCAGCAGUAGCAGGGUUGGGAAGGAGCACCCCCAUUCCCUGGAUCAGCCCAUGGGCACAGCAGGGUGGCACCAGGCUCUGGAGAGCCCAGGCUGGCUGUACCAGGAGGGUUUUGUCAAUCCAAGUUAGAAAUCCUGCCUGCUGUAUUUGCUUGCUGCUGGCUCCUUCAUAUUCCUCUCUCUCAGGAACAAGGAAAGGACUUUUACUGCCACCAGCUGCAUGGUGUGAUGUGCCCUGCUCCAGAGCUGGGCCCCAAAUCACCUUUAUUUAGUACUAUGAAAAAAUGGCAUGGGGGGGGGGAUUCUUUUAUUUCUCAGACUACUCUUUGGAAAAGCCAGGCAAUUCCUGGAUUUCCUGAAUCCCAGGCCAGGAUUUCAGCCAGCCAAAAGCUCCGUGCUGCACCUGCUGCAGAAGGGCAGCUAAAAGUAGUGGAGCUGUCCUGCCCUUCCUGCCUUGCAGAAGCCUCCUGCUGCAGGAGCUCCCUGACUGAUCUCCUGAGUGGGGAAUUGCACUGGGAAGGCCUGACAGGCGUGGUUUGCCGGGUGCUGUCCUGUAAAAUACCAUGUAAAGAUGUUCUCACAGCA